UUAGAAGAGACCGAAACCAAGAUGGAUUAUGAGAUGAGGAAGCUGUACUCUUGUUUCAUCUGUACCAAUUUGCUCGAUGAAGCAACUGCCCUAAAGAGAUGUCGCCAUAUUUUUUGUUGGAAGUGCAUUCAUGGCAAGAUAGUGGAACAUGACUGGCGCUGUUGUCCAAUCUGCUGUGCUGAUUUUGGUCCAGACCCUCUCAUGAGACUAAGCCAUGACGACCCUCUCUUGCUAUCAAGGGAAGGGGAGAACAUACCUCCAGCAGAUGCUGAAAAUGUGGAGGAAGAUUCAGAUGUAGACUACUCGGACGAAUCUGAGAGUUCUGAUGAAGAUGAUGAUGAUGAUUAUGACACAGACUCUGAUAUGGAAGAUGAGCAGGUAGGAUCAGAGAAGUCUGUUCCUAUUGAAACUGGGAAGGAGGCACAGGUUAUGGAAGAUGCAAAUCCAACCUCGGGAGUUGUUGAGGAGAAUGUUCAGAAACUUGAGGCUGCACUAAUGGAUCAUAAGAUUGUGGACAAGGAUGAGGAAGAGAGGGCCAAGUUGGAAAGGCAAUUGGCUUUACGUGAAGAAAAAGCUAGAGGAAAAAGGCCAAUGGGAUUUGAAUUCCCAGAGGUUGAUUCAAAGAAACGAUUUGCUCAGUUGGUUACGCCUCCAAGUAACCGUCCAAGCCCAGAAGCAAAAGAACAGGUUGGCGAGGAACACACCCCGCGGAACCAGGAUAUGGAGAAGGGAGGACUUGAUGGUUCAAAGCCAACCAGCGGUUAAUGAAUGAAAUUUCUAAGUUGGAAUUGUCGAGGAUUGGGGAAUAAGGCGACAAUUAGGUAUCUAUGGGACUGAAACUACAUCGGUCAGAGUUUUUUUUGUUUUUAAUGGAAACAAAACAAUCUUCUUCCUUUUUAGAAAAAUUUAUAAUAUUAUUUCAGUUGUGAUAAUUUAACUAUGGUGGAACCUUUUGGUUAUAGUGGCCGUUUAGCCCUAUUUUAUAAAUAUAAUGAUUUUAAUGUU